GGUUUUGAAAACUUCCAUAUGGCUGAGCUUUUGGAAAGGUUUUCCAAUCCAUUGAGCAAAGCUGAACAAGCAGUUAAGAAUGACUGUCCUGACAAACUGCGAGAUGUAUUAAAAAACGAAAGGACUGCGUUUACAAGUGAUUUAGUAACAGAGAAAAGUCUUGUUAAUCAUCAAAUACGUGAGAACCUACUUCAUGUAAAACAAGGGAAUCUAAAACAGGUUAAUAAUAAAGAAUUCUCCCCCAAAAGGUCACAACUGGAGACGUAUCAAAUAAAUGUCAUUUUGCUGUUCACCAGUCAGCCAGUCGGUGUAUUAAUCUGCUCUUAAAUCCACCUUUUUGUUGGAAUUCAGAAUCCCCUAACUCUCUUGGUCAUACUCCAUUAGAUUUAGCUAUGAGGCGACGUUACUUGCCUGUUGUUUAUCUCCUUGCGUCACAUUCAGAUUCUCCUUAUUCUUACAAGAAACAUCCCUUUUCUGUUGAGCUUCUGUUGAUUGAGCCCUGUUCUAUUGAAUUGAUAUCAGGAGCAUUAAACGCUAACUAUGAUUCUCAAAACUCUGACUUAGCGUGGUUAUUUGGUUCAUGUAUGUAUGGUGAAAAUAUCCGAUGUACGGCUGGAAAUAUCAUCUUAUUAUUUGAACUACUACUGUCAGGACCUGUUUGCCCACUUAAUACUGCUCUUUGGUUAGCUCUUGGACGGGUUUCCUUAGUGAAUUCUCAUAAUAUUUCUUGUACAUCUUAUCCAAAUUGUUUGUUUAAUAACGACAUUAACAUUUGGAAUACCAGUUGGCAUGAUUUAUUUAUCGCCUGGGCAUCGCAUCGAUCACUUACAGGGAGCCAGUCUAAUGAAUGUGAUCAGCAACACGUUCUUUCUUUCGGUCCUUUAAGUCUUAUGGAUUUUUGUCGAGUUACAAUCAGGAGACAUGUUUUAGCUGUCAUAGACGUUCGUAGACAAGCCUAUAAAAAAUCCAACUCUGUGAAAUAUUAUAAUUAUGCUAGUCUUAUUAAAAAGUUGCCUAUUCCAGCAAAACUACGUGCUUUCUUGUCGUAUUGUGAUUUAUGGCCGGAUUUGGAUAGAUCUCAAGUCAAAGUCGUUAAAGGAAACCAAUUUCAUCGCAAUCAAAUAACAGAUACUAUGAUUAACAAUAUAUUUAAUGAAAAUAUAGAGUUGUGAAAAUUCUAUUAAUUAUCCUGUUUUUAUGCUUCAUAUCAGUCAUAAUUGUAACCGCAAAUAUAAUUUUAUUUUUAAUUUGUUUGUUUCAGAUCAUAAAAUUUUCUGACUUUUUCUGUUCUUCACCGCUAUAUUUUUUUAAUAUUGAUUAAUAAAUUUACAUUUUCCGAUUACUGCUUAUACUCUUACUACCUUUACCACUACGGGAUUUGA